GGGCAGGGCGGGCUCGGGGGCGCGGCGGGGCCCCCCCGCGCGGUGCCGCGGUGGGCGCGCCCGGAGCCGCCCGCAGGCCGGGGCGGAACGUGAGGCGGGCGGGCAGCGAUGGCGGCGGCCGAGGUGGCGCGGCAGGGUGAAGGCUGCCGGACUGUCCCGCUUUCUGGACACGUAGGAUUUGAUAGUUUGCCUGACCAGCUGGUUAAUAAGUCAGUUAAUCAUGGGUUUUGUUUCAACAUCCUGUGUGUGGGGGAAACUGGCCUUGGUAAGUCCACCCUCAUGGACACCCUUUUCAACACCAAGUUUGAAGGUGACCCAGCAUCUCACUCACAGCCUGGGGUCCAGCUGAAAUCCAGUACCUAUGACCUGCAGGAGAGCAAUGUCAACCUCAAGCUGACUAUUGUGAGCACAGUGGGCUUUGGGGAUCAGAUCAACAAAGAGGACAGCUAUAAGCCCAUUGUUGAGUUCAUUGAUGCUCAGUUUGAAGCCUACUUGCAAGAAGAACUGAAGAUAAAAAGGGUCUUGCACAACUACCAUGACACCCGGAUCCACGCUUGCUUGUACUUCAUUGCUCCGACAGGCCAUUCCCUGAAAUCCCUGGACUUGGUAACAAUGAAGAAGCUUGACAGCAAGGUGAACAUCAUUCCCAUCAUUGCCAAAUCUGAUGCCAUUUCCAAGAGUGAGCUGACCAAGUUUAAAAUUAAAAUCACAAGUGAAUUGGUCAGUAAUGGGGUGCAGAUCUACCAGUUCCCGACAGAUGAUGAAUCAGUGGCAGAGAUAAAUGGGACAAUGAAUGCCCACUUGCCAUUUGCAGUGAUUGGGAGUACAGAGGAGCUGAAAAUAGGAAACAAAAUGAUGAAAGCUCGUCAGUAUCCUUGGGGCACAGUGCAGGUGGAGAAUGAAGCUCACUGUGACUUUGUGAAGCUACGGGAGAUGCUGAUCCGUGUGAACAUGGAAGACCUUCGUGAGCAGACCCACACACGCCACUAUGAGCUCUACAGGCGAUGUAAACUGGAAGAGAUGGGCUUCAAGGACACUGAUCCAGACAGCAAACCCUUUAGCUUACAAGAAACUUAUGAAGCCAAAAGAAAUGAGUUUCUGGGAGAACUGCAGAAAAAGGAAGAGGCAAUGAGACAGAUGUUUGUCCAGAGGGUCAAGGAAAAAGAAGCAGAGUUGAAGGAGGCUGAAAAAGAGCUGCAUGAGAAGUUUGAUCGUCUGAAGAAAUUGCAUCAGGAUGAAAAGAAGAAGCUAGAGGAUAAGAAGAAGUCUCUGGAUGAUGAAGUAAAUGCAUUUAAACAAAGGAAGACAGCAGCUGAAUUGCUUCAGUCACAGGCUCAGCAGGCUGGAGGAUCACAAACUCUUAAAAGGGAUAAGGAAAGGAAAAAUUAGCUGCUGUUUGGCUGCAUGGUGCAUGAGGCACAUUGUCCUGUUCGGGUUUCCUGUAGAACCUUUCCCUUGGCCCCAGAGGCGAAUGCCCCACCCUCGGCUGUGCCAUUGUGCCUGUUUGCUCACCUUUCCCAUUGCUCCUCUCCCGUGCUCACCACUCGGGGUUAAACCAAAGCUCUUGGCUGCUGGGGUUGUUCUUGUGAGGGACCCUGCUGGCCAGAGGGGCUUGUGCCAGAUUCCUCCUGCCCCUUGGGCAGCAGCAGGACUCCCACUGCUCCUGGGCCAGUGUCCUCUCUGCCCUGCUCAGCUUUUCCCCCACUCCGUGCUGUCAGAGCUGCUUGGGGGGUGCCUUUAGCUCCUGCUGUAGGUGCAGCCCGGUGCUGCUGUGGGGUGGGAUGUGCUGUCUCCAGAGACUGGCUGCCCUCUCCCCAUGUCAAUUUGCUGUUCCUAAGCUCUCAUUACCCCCUGCGCUGCCAUGUGUGACUCAAAUAACUUACAAGGACUUUUUGCAAAACUUGACAUCCUCACAGGCAUAGGCCUAAAUCCAAACCUCCCAGGAUUGAGGAAAUCUCAAAUUUGGAUCCAUGGUUUGCAACUAAGUGUUCUCUGAAUGCUGCAGGGGUCAUGAAGGAUUUCUUGCCUGGUCUCCCUCUCAGUGUGCUGACCUGGAUGCACAUCCUGGAUCCAAUCUCAGGGAAAGCUGGUCACCUUGCUGUACAAAUCAGUGUUUCUGAAGAAAGACGAUGCUGUUUCAUUGGCUUUCUUCUCAGUGAUUUCAACGAUUUCUGGUUUUAAUGCAAAAAAAACCAAAAAGCCUACCUUCAUUUGUUUUUAACCUGGCAUUUCUUUAGAACUGUACAAACGUUGGCAGGUUUUUUCUCAUGCUUUCUAUUCAGCAAAAGCCUUGUUUUUAUUGCAAGAUUUGCACUAAAAAGGAGGGUGUUUUGCUCACUGGGCCAGGAGUUCACUCUGGCGAAGUGCAACUGUGGUUUGACUGCAAGUGUCUUCUCUCUGUAUUUCUGGCUGAGUUUUGUUUUUAAAUAAAGAGUUCAUCGGACAGUGAAUUCUGGUUAACAUUUACUUCUUUUGUUUUUUGUUUUCUUUGCCCUUCUUUUACAGUAACCCAUGGCUCUGUACUGAGUAAUUACCCCUGAAUACAAUGGCCUGGAAUGGACUUUCAUUUUCUUGUUAAAUCGGAGGGUCUAAUAAAACAUGACAGCAUUUCAGCUGUAACCUUUCCAGGGUGUUAUCCUUGCUCUCUCCUAUGUCCUUCCUCGUUGUGAUUCUGUCUUUACUAUGUACUGGUGGUUAUUGCUUUUAUUAAACAAUGUAAAAUUUAGUCAUAACAAGGUUCUGGAUGCUACAACUUUAAAUCCUGCCAUAUUUUUUUCCCUACAAUUAAUGGAUUCCCCUUUUUUCUGGUCUCAUUCCAUCCAGCUAAAUAAGGUAUAUGGAAAUAAGUUCUGUGAGUUAUUUUUGCUGGCAAAAUAACAGUGCAGUUUAAAUAUAUUUAUUGAUUACAUUAAAAUGACAACACCAUCUUAGUUUAAUUAUCAUGUAGUUGAGAGAUAAAACACACUUCUCUUGUCAUAUUUGGUGUCAUUUUCCUGACAUCAUCUGUCUUUUUUUCUUUUGCUUUUAUUUUUUUCUUUUGCUAAGUCAUGCUAUCUGAAGACUAGCAUGUAAAUCCUCAUUUCCAUUUCAGACUUGCUUGUUGUGGUCCCGAUCCUUCAGUUGCUCAGUGCUCUGUACAUGGUGAAUCCACAUGUCCUGCCCCUGCUGAAAGAUUAGAUGUGUGCUGCCAGACAGCCUCCACAAACCCCCUCCAGAUCCUGGGCUAUUAGAAGAUAAGCAGAUGUGAGGCCUAGCCCUGAUAGGUGAUGCUGUUUAGUGCUAGCUGCUGCUGAGAUUUUACCUGAGCAGUGCUCUGGGUGAUGCCACAGGCUCCGGAGCCAUUUUGGCACAGGGUCAGCAUGGCUCCUGCUCAUAGCAGCAGCCCCAGGUCAAACCAUGGCCUGGCCUUCUGCUCCCAGCAGUCAGGGCAGUCCAAACUCUUGAUUGCAAUGUAUUUUCUCAGGCAUUCUGUU